GUGACAUGAAUAGGUAUCCUCAUUGCAAUUCAGUUCAUUAAUACAUCUUGUUUCAGUAUCAGCAUCUUCUGAAGAAAUCAACUUUGCGGUAAAAUGGAUUCUAAGAUUGCAGCUAAUUAUGAGGAAUUUGAACCCCUUUGCAAAUGGCAACGCGAGGAAGGCCGUGACACUCUUGUGCUCCAUCUCCAAGACUUCAAAAAGGAACAGCUCAAAGUGCAAAUUAGCAAUCUAAGAGUGCUAAAAAUAUCAGGAGAACGGCCUCUCAGUGCAACAAAAAGAAGCCGAUUUUACAAGGAAAUCAAGGUGGGAAAGGAGUAUAAUGCAAAUGACAUUCGUGCAAAGUUUGUGAACGGACUACUUCAUGUUGUAAUGCCUAAGACAACAACUGCAGUACCGGAAAAAGAAGAAGCUCCCUCAGCCGAUCAACAAGUCCAAGCAGAAGCUAAUAAGCAACCGAGCACUAUUACUAGGCCAGAUGACACUGCAACUAAAAAGCAGGAUUCUGCUGAAGAGAAGACGAUUCCGUCUCCACAACAAAGUUAUGCCCCAAUACCAAGUUAUUCAAAUUUGGGAACAAAACUUGCCUUGGUGAUAACUUUGGCUUCCGCGAUAGGGGUUUUUAUAUUUUACAAGUACAAGACUCUAUUUGAUGAUGGAGAGUUUGAUCAUGCCUUCUGUAAGGCGUUCAAUAUGUGCAAAACAUGAGGUGCAGAGUGUGCACUAAUUUAAAUGUGAUGUUUGGUUGUAAUUUCUUUCUCAGAUGAAUAUCAAAUGUAUGAAAUAUCUUGAUCUUGUAUGUUACUGCAAUAUUUAAGGAUUUCUCUUUCUUUCUUUCA